AUGCAUAUUUUUCUAUCCCUAAUAUCCAUUUCUCUAUCAGCUCUAGUCCACGGCUAUGUAAAUCCAGGCAUCUGCUCCGGAGCAUGCAACGUCCACGAUCCAGGUCUGAUCCAGCGAGAGUCCGACGGUGUCUACUUCCGCUUCUCAACAGGCAACAAUAUCUCAUAUGCAUCUUCCUCAUCCAUCGAAGGACCAUGGGAAGUACUCGGGCCCAUGCUCCCGAAUGGUUCAUCGAUUGAUUUAGACGGUCGUGACGACCUCUGGGCCCCAGACGUCCAGCUCAUCAAUGGCGUCUACCACGUCUACUACUCUGUCUCGGUCUUCGGAUCCCAGAACUCGGCCAUCGGCCUCGCCACGUCUGAUACCAUGGAUGCGGGCACAUGGACGGAGCAUGGCGCCACAGGUAUUCGAUCUGACUCGUCUAAGUCCUAUAAUGCCAUUGAUGCAAAUCUCUUCAACGAUGGAGUAUUUUACUUGAAUUUUGGCUCCUUCUGGACUGACAUCUACCAGGUGGAGAUGGACUCCACCGCUAUGAAGGUGUCGUCCUCGGCAUAUAAUAUCGUAUAUGAUCCUAAUGGAGACCACGCCGUUGAGGGUGCGUUUCUGUAUAAAUAG